GUGGGCAUGGUGCUGGAUUUCGAUGGUCCAAGGCAAAAGAUGGUAGAAUUUUAGAGGUCGAGAUGGCCACGCAGAAACCCGGCGAGUGGGUUCAGGCCCUCAUCACUCGCUUCGAUGCCCAGUUGCCCAUCAAGACUGGUUCCCACACAACUCAGUCCAUACAGAAUGUGGAGCAGAACAAGGAAUGUCUGAUCAACGUCAGCAAACACAAGUUUUCAUUGGUCAUCAAUGGACUUACCAAGACCCUGCAGUCCAUUGACAGCACGAAAAUCCAUGGACCGGAGGCUGAGAGGAAUUACUACGAGUCGCAGCUGAUCAUUUUAGACACCUUAGAACAGGUGUUAAAUUCGCAACCAAAAGACACAUCCCGAUAUGAAGAAGCAUUAAAUGUGAAGCUCUUAUUACCAGAGAUGUGUAAGUUUCUGAACAACAACAUUGACAACCCCCUUAACCCCCACCUCAAGGCUUUGGCCUCCAAGGUGCUGUUUGCACUCAGCCUCAACAACUUUACUGCUGUCUUCAACAGGAUCUCAGCAAGGUUGGCUACCCUGUCCUCUGCCAGUGAAGACCUCCCUGAUAUGUCUGACCUUGACCUUAUUCAGCACAUUAAUGUAGACUGCGCCCGACUAACUAAACUGCUCAAUGAAUGUGUACACAAACUGAAGUCCCUGAAACCAAUUAAACAAGUUCUCUUCUGCCUUGCUUAUAAUUUAGAAAGGGCGAUCUGGAACUGGAUGGAUAAUUUCCCUGAAGAAUUUGGAGAGCUUCAAAAACGACCAAAUGAAGAACUACAAGAAUGCUGUGACAAGCUGUUUGAAAUUUUCAACAGCUUUGCUGAGAAUUCCAAGAAGAAGGCAGCUGUGUGGCCAUUUCAGAUGAUGUUGCUAAUUUUGUGCCCGAAAAUCCUUGAAGAAAUCAACAAUGCUGAAAAUGGCGCCCCAUGUUCACCGCAGCACCUGAAAAAAAAACAUUUUAUAGACGAGGUGAGAAAAGCGAUAUCGCCACAUCAUGGGGGCUCCAAACAGCUGAUAGAGGGUGCUGCUGUCACCUGCGUGCGUCUUUGUAAAGCCUCGUCUUAUAUUGAUCAGAAGGACAGACUGAACGUUCUCUUUUAUCUAGUCCAAACUGUCAUUCAAGAUUUAAAAACCAACCUAUUUAACCCCACUCCUGGGAAGCCGUUCUCAAAGAGCCAGGGGGUGGGACAGGACUUGGACCUGGUCAUCGACUGUUUUGUCUCGUGUUUCCGCAUCACCCCCCAUAACAAUGACGUCCUCAAAGUCUGCCUUCAUCCCUCUUCUCCACCUUAUUAUCAUUAUGUGCUGGUCAAUGCCCUCUUCAGGAUCAUAACGCAGCCGAGAUUGCCAUGGUGGCCACAGAUAACUAUCAUUUACGGAAAAGCGGCUGAGUUACGGAGCAUGUUUACAGAGACGCUCAAUAAGGUCACACCCGGCUACUUCACACAACAACAACACAACAUUUACAAGAUGCAACAGAGUAUAUCGAGAGUGACUCGCCUCAAACUAACCAAAGCCACAGAGGAAUCUGUGAAUUACAAAGAUCUCUUACUGUGGAUAGUUCGUCUCAUCCAUGCUGACCCGUACCUCAUGUUACAUAACCCUGGAAAACAUGGACAUGAGAUUCAGAGCAGUACGUUAGAGCUGAUUAACGGCCUUGUCUCCCUUGUUCAUCAGCAAACCAUGCCAGAGAUCGCUCAGGAGGCUAUGGAGGCCUUGCUGUGUCUGCACCAGCCUGACAACAUAGAGCUGUGGAACCCAGAAGCUCCUAUCACAACCUUCUGGGAUGUCAGCAGUAACUCAUGUGCAGAAACUCAUGUGGCUUGCUGUGACAUUGAGGCUGAGGCCAUCAUUUUGAUGGCUUGCUGUGACAAUGAGGCUGAGGCCAUCAUUGUGGUGGCUUGCUGUGACAGUGAGACUGAGGCCAUUAUUGUGGUGGCUUGCUGUGGCAGUGAGGCUGAGGCCAUUAUUAUGGUGGUCUGCUGUGACAGUGAGGCUGAGGCCCUUAUUGUGGUGGCUUGCUGUGACAGGCUGAAGCCAUUAUUGUGUGAGGCUGAGGCCAUCAUUGUGGUGGCUUGCUGUGACAGUGAGGUCGAGGCCAUCAUUGUGGUGGCUUGCUGUGACAGUGAGACUGAGGCCAUUAUUGUGGUGGCUUGCUGUGACAAUGAGGCUGAGACCCGUAUUGUGGUGGCUUGCUUUGACAGUGAGGUUGAGGCUGAGGCCCUUAUUGUGGUGGCUUGCUGUGACAGUGAGGCUGAGGCCAUCAUUUUGAUGGCUUGCUGUGACAAUGAGGCUGAGGCCAUCGUUGUGGUGGCUUGCUGUGACAGUGAGACUGAGGCCAUUAUUGUGGUGGCUUGCUGUGACAAUGAGGCUGAGACCCGUAUUGUGGUGGCUUGCUUUGACAGUGAGGGUGAGGCCCUUAUUGUGAUGGCUUGCUGUGACAGUGAGGCUGAGGCCCUUAUUGUGGUGGCUUGCUGUGACAGUGAGGCUGAGGCCAUCAUUGUGGUGGCUUGCUGUGACAAUGAGGCUGAGGCCAUUAUUGUGGUGACUUGCUGUGACAGUGAGACUGAGGCCAUUAUUGUGGUGGCUUGCUGUGACAGUGAGGCUGAGGCCAUCAUUGUGAAGCACAAGGAAUAUGCCAAUGUGGGCAGUAAUAUUGCAGUUUGCCAGGCUCACAUCAAACUGGAGGUUGUGUUUUUCAUGUACCUGUGGAGUAUCGAUAUUGAUGCGGUGCUGACAGCCAUGUCCUGUUUCCACUUACUCUGCGAGGAGGCUGACAUUCGCUGUGGCGCUGACGAGAUGGCUGUUACACAGAUCCUGCCCAACUACAACGUCUACACGGAGUUAGCAGCAGCCAGCACCGUUCUCACCACAGGUCGAGCAGCACUGCAGAAGAGGAUCAUGGUAUUGCUUCGUAAAAUUGACCAUUCCACACAAGGCAAUAUGCAUGCCUGGGAAGAUACAUUCAGGAACUGGGAAAGGCUUACAAAGAUUUUAGAAACGUACCCCAAGUGUAAGGUAGAGGACGGUGGGAAUGUAGUGACAGACUCGUCGCGGUUUCGGCGCAAACCGCCGCACCACGCCACUACGGAGCAUGAGUUAGAGGACCAGUCAAAUGAGUGGGCUAACAUGACUGGGUUUCUGUGUGCGCUGGGCAGUGUGUGUUUACAGAACAAGGCACAUAGGUCCAGCAUGUUCUCGCUGUCGUCUUCCUCGACCUUUGACGUGAGAAAGAGUAGCUUGAUGCAGAGUUGUGCAGGAGAGUCCACGUAUUGCCCAGUCACACAAUUUCUGGGAAUCCUGCUAAAACUACUGGUGUGUCAAAAUGAGAAGUUUGGGGCUCAGAUCCAGAAGCAUGUCAAGGAGUUGGUCGGUCAUGAGCUUAACCCAGCUGUCUACCCUAUACUGUUUGAACAGAUCAAAGUCUGUGUGGAUAAGUUCUUUGAUGCCAGUGGACAGGUAACUGUAACAGAGCUGAAUACUCAGUUCAUAGAGAACAUCAUCUUCAUCAUGAAGAAUAUUCUGGAGAAUAAGCAGGAACAGCCAUGUGAAUACCUAGGUGUGACCAGUAUAGAAACACUCAUGCUGAACAUUGUCAGAUAUGUUCGACACCUUGAUUCUACGGCGCAUGACAUCACAAUUAAGACCAAACUGUGCCAGCUAGUGGAAGCGAUGAUGCAUCGCCGAGAUGACCUCACAUUUCGUCAAGAGAUGAAAUUCCGUAACAAGCUGGUAGAGUACUUGACUGACUGGAUAAUGGGAAACUCUCACCAGGUUAACAUCCAGGGGGACAUCUCUGUAAUGUCACGUGACCUUGACCAGGCAAGUAUGGAGGCUGUAGCUGCACUGUUAGCAGGACUACCACUCCAGCCAGAGGAGAGUGACCGUGGGGACCUGAUGGAGGCCAAGUCACAGCUCUUCCUCAAAUACCUGACAUUGUUCAUGAACCUUCUGAAUGACUGUUCUGAGGAAGAACAAGACAAAGCCAUGGACCCGACCCGCAAGCGCAGCAUCUCCAACCUGAGCGCGCUGCGCAACUGCACGGUGCAGGCCAUGUCUAACCUGCUCAACGCCAACAUUGACAGUGGUCUCAUGCACUCCAUAGCCUUGGGUUACCAUAAAGACCCACAGACCCGGGCUGCUUUCAUGGAGGUGCUGACAAAGAUUCUCCAGCAGGGGACCGAGUUUGAGACACUUGCAGAGACUGCACUAGCUGACCGGUUUGAGAGACUUGUUGAGCUAGUGACCAUGAUUGGGGACAAAGGAGAGCUCCCCAUAGCCAUGGCAUUGGCCAGUGUCGUCUCUUUCAAUCAAGUGGAUGAACUGGCACGUGUGUUCGUGAACCUGUUUGAUGCCAAACAUCUCCUCUACCAGCUGCUGUGGAAUAUGUUCUCUAAAGAGGUGGAGAUUGCAGACUGCAUGCAGACUCUAUUCCGAGGUAACAGUCUAGCCAGUAAGAUCAUGGCCUACUGUUUCCGGUACUACGGGCAGGGCUACCUCAGAGAACUUCUUAAACCCCUGAUCAUGGAGAUGUUCCAGCAGGACAAGGCGCCAGAGAGGAUUAUCUCGUAUGAAAUCGAUCCUGCCAGGAUUGAUUCUGAUGAAGACAUCGAGAAGAACAAAAUGAACCUGAUGAUCAUCACUCAGAAAGUGUUUAAUGUCAUCGUAGCCUCGGCUAAACAGUUUCCCCCCAAAUUGCGCAGCAUGUGCCAUUGUCUCUAUCAAGUGGUCACACAACGAUUCCAGCAGAGUUCCUUCGAUGCCGUUUGGACGGUCAUCGGCACAGUCAUCUUUUUGCGCUACAUCAACCCAGCCAUAGUCUCUCCCCUGGAAUCGGGAAUUAUUGAUGAGGAGCCGACGCCGCGUGUGAAGCGCGGACUGAUGCUUAUGUGUAAGAUCAUGCAGAACAUUGCAAACCACCUGCUCUUUAGUAAGGAACAACACAUGAGAGCCUUCAAUGACUUCCUGAAAACCAACUUUGAGUCUGGCCGGAAGUUUUUCAUGGAGAUCGUGUCAGACUGUGAGACGGUAGAUGCGGGAAAUCACAGCCUCUCUUUCAUCAACGCCAUCCAUGAUGCUAACGUCCUGGCGCUGCAUCGUCUGCUGUGGAACAAUCAGGAGAAAAUUGGAGACUAUCUGUCUAGUAGUCGGGACCACAAAGCGGUUGGCCGUCGGCCGUUUGACAAGAUGGCUACCCUGCUGGCGUACCUAGGACCCCCAGAGCACAGGCCUUUAGAUUCUCAUGUAUUGAUUUUGUGUACUUUUUUGCACAGCAUGGACAUGACAAGUACCAAGUUUGAAGAGAUUAUGUCCAAACACCACAUGCACGAGAAGGACGAGUUCAAGUCCUUGAAGAAUCUCCACAUUUUUUACCAGGCAGGGACGAGCAAGGAGGGCAGGCCUGUCUUCUACUACAUCGCACGCAAAUACAAAGUGGGAGAGAUUAAUGGAGACCUGCUGAUCUACCACGUGCUACUGACGCUUAAGCCGUUCUACCACAAACCGUUUGAACUGGUGAUAGACUUCACCCACACCUGCUCCGACAACAGAUUUAGGACGGACUUUCUGUCCAAGUGGUUUGUUGUCAUGCCUGAGAAUGUGUACCAGAACAUAAUGGCAGCCUACAUUUACAACUGUAACUCCUGGGUGAGGGAGUACACCAAGUAUCAUGACAGGAUCCUCGCCCCUCUCAGAAACAACCGCAAGCUUACUUUCAUUGACCACCCAGCACGGCUGAAUGAGUACAUUGACAUAGACCAACAGAAGUUGCCAGGGGCAACAGUGUCUUUGGAAGAAGACCUAAAAGUUUUUAAUAAUGCCCUGAAACUCUCCCACAAAGAUACAAAAGUGGCCAUCAAGGUAGGCCCCAGUGCUAUUCAGGUGACUUCCUCAGAGAAAAGCAAGGUUCUGGGCCACCAAGUUUUGCUCAAUGAUGUCUACUACGCUUCCGAGAUAGAAGAGGUGUGUUUGGUGGAUGACAAUCAGCUGACACUGACGAUAGCCAAUGAGAGUGGCCCUCUCUCCUUCAUCCACAACGACUGUGAGAGCAUUGUGCAGGCUGUCAUACAUAUCCGCACCCGCUGGGAGCUCUCACAACCCGACAGUUUUACAGUUCAUACGAAAAUAAGGCCAAAAGAUGUACCUGGUACAUUGCUGAAUGUGGCACUGCUGAACUUGGGGAGCUCAGACCCCAGCUUACGAUCAGCUGCAUAUAACUUACUGUGUGCCCUGACCCAGACCUUUGACCUUAAGAUUGAAGGUCAGCUGCUGGAAACUACAGGAUUGUGUAUUCCUGCGAACAACACAAUCUUCAUCAAGUCUAUAGGUGAGAAGCUGGCUGCUAACGAACCCCACCUGACACUUGAGUUUCUGGAGGAGUGUAUACAAGGCUUUGGCAACUCUAACAUUGAGAUGAAACAUCUGUGUCUGGAGUAUAUGACACCAUGGCUUCCCAAUCUCACCAGGUUUUGCAAACAAUCCGAUGAAAACAAGAAACAGAAAGUUGCCCUGAUUUUGGAGAAGUUGAUCACCAUGACAAUAGAAGAAGUGGAGAUGUACCCAUCUAUCCAGGCCAAGAUCUGGGGAAACAUUGGACAAGUGGCAGACUUACUUGAUGUGGUUCUGGAUAGUUUUAUUAAGAGAAGUGUGACUGGAGGCUUGGGAUCAAUACAAGCAGAAAUCAUGGCCGACACAGCUGUGGCCUUGACCUCUGCUAAUGUGCAGCUUGUGUCACGGAAGGUCAUAGGUCGUCUGUGUCGGUUGAUUGACAAGACAUGUAUGUCGCCCACCCCUACCCUGGAACAGCACCUCAUGUGGAAUGACAUUGCUAUCCUAGCUCGAUACCUCCUCAUGCUGUCCUUCAACAACUCAUUAGAUGUGGCGAGUCACCUACCAUUCCUGUUCCACAUCGUGACCCUGCUAGUGUGUACGGGACCCCUCUCCCUCAGGGCCUCCACCCAUGGGCUGGUCAUCAACAUCAUCCACUCCCUGUGUACCUGUAGUCAGCUACAUAUUGGAGAGGAUGUAUUAAAAGUCCUGAAGAUGAGCCUAACUGAGUUCUCACUGCCAAAGUUCUACCAGUUGUUUGGCAUUAGUAAGGUCAAGUCUGCUGCGGUCAGUGCAUUCCGCACAAGCUAUCGUCCUGGUGACCGAUCCUUCACAAUGGCACCACCUGAACAUGAAAAGAUGUCACUGGCUUCAUUAGAGGUCAUCACAGAUGCAUUGCUAGAAAUCAUGGAGGCCUGUAUGAAGGACAUUCCUAACUGUGAGUGGUUACAGCAGUGGACUGAUCUAGCCCGCAGGUUUGCCUUCCAGUACAACCCGGCUCUUCAGCCUCGAGCUAUCAUCGUGUUUGGCUGCAUUAGCAAGAGUGUCACAGAUUCUGAGAUCAAACAGCUUCUCAGGAACAUGAUGAAGGCUCUAGAGUCGUGCAGUGACAUUACCCUGAUAGAGUCCAUUGUCAUGUGUCUGACCAGAUUGCAGCCAUUACUGCACCCCAGCUCAGCAAUCCACAAGUUCCUGUUCUGGGUGGCCAUCUCUGUGGUACAACUGGAUGACGUGACCCUCUACACGGCCGGCCUGGCCUUGCUGGAACAAAACCUCCACACGCUCGACAACAUGGGGCUGUUCGAGAAGCAGUCCUUGGAAUCAAUCAUGAUGGAAACGAGAGAACCACUGGAAUGGCAUUUUAAACAACUCGAUCACUCAAUGGGACUCAGCUUUAAAAACAACUUUAACUUUGCUCUAGUGGGUCACCUGCUCAAAGGCUUCCGUCACCCAUCGCCAACAACCCUGUCUCGCUCUGUGCGCAUUCUGAACCAGCUUCUCACCAUCACUGUUAAACCAUCCAACAGAGACAAGUUUGAGAUUCAUCCAGACACAGUUUCAUAUCUUGCUGCGCUGGUAUCGGUGUCAGAAGAGGUCAGAGGUCGUUGCCGCUUACGUCACCAGACCAGCCAGUACACCAUGACAGAGUCGCCUUCCAAUGACAGUAUUAGUGCAGAGCUGUGUCAGCCUCCUGCAGGGCCCGUCCUGGUCAGCCCAGGGGCCCCCUCAGUGCAGCUAUUGGCGGUGUCGCCCGGCCAGUCAUCCCCACCGCAGCCUCAGUCCUCCCCUCUCCCCUCCCCCCAGCCCACGGGCACCCAGACAGGCCCCCCCAUGAUGUCAACACGCUCCAAACAGAAAAGCUGGGACCAGUUAGACCAGACGGCUGUUCAUGCUGCCAGGAUGCAGAAAAAUACCCACAUCACACAGUCACAGCAACUGAGCACAACAGCCAGUCCCAAAGUGUGGAGGAGUCUAGACCUUGAUCUCAACUCCAAGCACCCGUUGUUCAACACCCGCAGUAGCUCCAUGCCUACGCCGGGUACUAAGAAAGCCAUGGAGACAAAGUCAAGUCUGUCCCAGGUGCGGGCGGCGCGGGGGUCUGUCUCCAACGAGAACAACGUCCUACUAGACCCCGAGAUUCUGACUGAUUACCCCACACAAGCACUAGUUCUCACAGUUCUGGCAACUCUCGUGCGAAACACGACAGAUGAGAACGAGGUGCGGAUACUUUACGAGUAUCUAGCUGAAGCUUCAGUUGUAUUUCCCAAAGUCUUUCCUGUUAUACAUAGUUUAUUAGAUUCCAAAAUUACAAGUGUGUUGUCGUUGUGUCAUGACCAAGUGAUCCUCAACGCUGUCCAAAGUAUUAUCCAGAAUAUGAUAGCAUGCGAGGAUUCCUCCCAGCAGACUCUGGCUAAUUUACAAGCUAUUGGGUUUGGUGGGCUCUGGCGGUUUGCUGGAACUUUCACGAAGUCUCCCCAGCAGAGUGACACGGCAGAGCUGUUUGUGAACUGCCUGGAGGCCAUGGUGGAGACCUGUCUCCCAGGGGAUGACUUGGAUGUACAAAACCCCUACCCUGUACUUCUGGGAAUCACCUCUAACAUCAACCUGUCCAGCUCCAUGUCCAGCCUCAGCGUCUGCAGUGUUCACUCUCCCACGGACAAGGACAGCGUCGACUCGGUCCUUUCUAACGGGCGCAUGCGCCAUGGCUCCGCAACCAAUCAGGGGCUCUCUAAGAACAGACCAGGCAGCCUUAAGCGCAAGAACAGCAAGAAGAAAAUGUUUGAUAGCUUUGAUCAGUGACAUUGUGCCACUGCUGCCAAGGUACCUUAAUGUACAUCUGUGUGCAUCAUGCAAAAACUAUGGCGAGUUGAGACCAAAAUUGAGACCAGCGUGGUCCCAAAUCAUGUUCUCUUUUGUUUCUUUCUGUGAUCUGCGUUCCAGUGUCAUCGGUUUGUCUUGUCACAUAAUCUCAUUGUUGGCUGGCGGCUGUAGGCGAUAUAUGUGUCAGCAUCAGAGAACAAAAUCAGCAUGCAUUCUUAAGGAUAAACACAGGUCCCGAUUUAUACCUGUAGUGGGACACAAACCGUAGUGACUCAUGACGAAAAUUCACCAAUAUUGCUGCCUCAACCAACCCUGAUAAGUACAGCGAAUGGAAACCAGUGUUUAACUACAGGUACUGAUACCACGUGGUGCUUCAGAAGGAAAUGGCAAUGUUUUAUCGGGACUAGCAGCAUGUUUUCAACCCACAGCAGCUAGUGGCCUGCUUUGAUGUGAGGUAUAUACAUAUGUAUUACUGUACACUGCAGUUCAUGGACAUAAAUGUGAUAGAACACUCAGUGCAGUGGCUCAAAUACUGCUGGUAUUUUUUAGUCUCCCUUCAAUUAUUCACUCAGUCUUUAACUGAAAGACUAUGUGACGUAUUGGUGAGUAUUUUAAGAGGUCCAUGGCUGUACUUCAGUUGGUUAGCAAAUAAGCAGGAGUAUUUCUGUUUUAACGUUCACUGUAUAAGUGGCCGCUUAUUAGAUGCCACUUAAUGUGGAAGGGCAAAUUUGAUUAUGCCUCUAGAGAAUUGUGGUUUUGACCCCACUCUGAGUGUUUAUCAAUCUCUCAGUUUCAAUUCGAAAUCUGUAGCUAAUCCAUCUUGUGUCAGGUCGGUGGUCAAUCAGUCAGUGUCCGUUCUGAAUCUUGAGCCCAUUUGUCUCAGUGAUCAGUAAGUUAGGCUGUUUUUCAGAUGGUGGGUCGACUUUAGUGAGUAAACUACACCCAGGAAAUGUCAACAAUUCUCAUGUCAGUUUGUUAGUGCUUCGUAACUAUGGGAGCCACACCAUUGUUCUCAUGUGCAGUGUUAUUGGUGAUAGUUGUGAAAGUUUUGGCAAAGUUUUGAUAUCUAGAUCUCAUUGUCAUAUCUUUGAAACAAGGUCUUACUAUGUGGGAAAAAUUUUGCUAUCCUAAAAUUUGAAAAAAAAAAAAACAUGCCCCAAUCAUAUUCUUUCUGGCUCAUUAUCCUUUGGGAAACAUUUCACAACAUUAUUCCUUGGGAAGCAUUUUGCAACAAUAUGGUUUGGAAACAUUUUGCAACAUUAUGGUGUUGGAAACAUUUUGCAACCUUAUUAUGUGGGAAACAUUCUGCAACUGUUGCUAUGCAACAUUGUUCUGUGGAGUACACUUUGCAACUCUGUUUAAUGGGGAAGCAUUUUGCUACAUUAUUCUAUGGGGAAGUAUUUCAUAAGCUUGUUGUGCAUGAAACAUUUACAUAUAAAUGAAUCUUAAAACUCAUGAUAUACUGGUUAGAUGAUGCCUUGGUUUCUCCAGGAAUUUGUUUAUAGGGAGACUGAAAUAUUCAUUUGUGAUUUUACUCAAGAUAAUCCCACAAGAAGAGUCUCUUUUCCAUUGGGAGCUGCCAUUAUAUAUACUUUUGUAAUUUGACAGAGUCUGGCACAAUAUAUUAUGUAUAUCAGUGGUACAAACAGUUAUUCAAUCUUUACGUGUAUUAUCUUUUGAUUAACUCAAGGAACAGUUAUCACUGUAGAAAUUGAAGAGGAGAUGGUGACGUAUUUUACAUUGAUAGUUAUUUUCACCGUGGAUAUUUUCAACACCAGACAACAACAUGGGUGAUCUUGAAGCAUCGAAGUAGGGCAAAGAUAUUCCUAGGUAAAUUCACUCAUAUAUCCAGAGAAUGCUUUUGAAAGCUUUAGUUUAUGUAAGAGGAACCAAUGCUUUAUAAUAAUUGCUGUUAAUAAAACUUGGUGGUAAUAAUGUUAUAUGAAAUCAGAGAAAUCCAGCUUAAAAUUACACAAUCUUUGCUGUUCGAUAACUAAGAUUUGAAAAAUUCGGAAUAGUUGUCAGCACGUAAUUUGGGAUGCUUUGUGUGUAAUGUCUCCCCACCACCCCACCACUGGUAUGUGAAGUAUAGCCUAUAUAUACAUUGUUCAUAGAUAUAUUUUUUAUUCCUUCCUUUGAUGCUUUAACAAGAUGUUCAUAUUUGACAGCUUCCUUUUAAAAUAUUUGUGCAUGUAAACCCCCUGUUUUAAUUCAAGGUGACUGUAUGACGCCAUGUUUAUAAUGGAUGCUGUUAUAAUUGACCUACUGGGUUUUCCAGAUAUAUUCAUGUAUUUGGGUUCAGUGAU